UAUACUGGUCCGUGUACAUUUUAACAGUUUGAUUUUCCAACCAAAUUAAAAGUUGGAAAAACGAGAAAACUAUCCAUUUUCUCAUUUUCCGUUUUUCUCUUAAAAUGAGAAACCCCAAAACAACCACGUGCUGUGUUACCAGCGGGUUCAGACACAUUCACAGCUUCAGAUCUAAAACUGGCAGACCUUGUUUAUACAUAUACUGUAGUUCUGCACAUUACACUAUACAGUAUAUUUAUGUUUCUAUAUGCACAGCUGUAUCCAUCUGAUUAAGCUGGGAGACACAGAACAGGUUGAAACAGACUGUUUGUCAGAGUGGAGAGUUUACUGUCAUGUUUUGAUCAUUUACAGUAUAUGCAGACAUGUAGUUGCCACAUCUUGACUGACUUGUGGCGGUAAUAUUUGUAUAGGCCACUAGGCCUCAACCAAAGGGCUUUAAUUAAUAACUCUGGGGAUUGUAGAACACAUAAAUGACUGUAGAAUAACAUUUGGCGCAUCCACAGAGAGUCAAAAAUUAUUCUCUACUCUGACAAACAUACGUCUGGGACACAUUCCUUCUAUCGACCCCUGUGGUCUGACCCAGUGACAGUCUAAGUUUCAACCUGUUCACCCCCCUGGACAUCUGUGUCUCCCAUCUUAAUGAAAUGGAUACCAUGAACAUAAAUGUACAGUAUAGUGUAAUGUGUAGAACUAUGUUCACAAACACGAUCUGCCAGUUUUAGAACAGGAGGAGCUUUUAAUGUGUCUGAACACGCCAGUAGCACAGCACCUGGUUGUUUGGGUCGGCUGCCAGGACAGGAAAGUCAUCAGGACCACAGCUCCCACAACGGCAGCUGCAGGUGACUCAACUUUGAACAGGGAAAGUAUCUGUAGACAAAUAUCUGUAACAACAUCUACAUUGAAAGAACUACUUGAAGUAUUGAAAGAAGAAUUUAAAAAAAGUGCCCUCGUAUCAAAUGCUGUUCUUGGCCUGAUCUUAAUUGGUGUAGAGAAAGCAGUGGAAGUGCAGUUUGCAUGCCCUUGUCAUCCUAAACAAAACGAAUGGUUUUCAUUAGCAUAUUUACUACUUCCUGGAUUUUUUGCCUCUGUGCUGAUGCUUGUUAUUCAAGGAUUUGACAAAUUUCGCCAAAGAGAAGAGAUGGUAAAUCUUCUACUUUUUGGUCUGGUUCCUGCCACAAUGUGGCUCAUCCUGGUCCUCUUGGAUGGUCAAUACUAUGUCUGUGGAAAGACAACAUGGAAAGGCAAGUUUGCGAUCAUUGAUAAAGCUGAUCCCCAGAGAUGGUGUGAACCUGACUGCACUAACAGCACUUCAUACAAUGAGAGACUGAGUAAAACCCGUCAGUGGUACUUUCAUUCCCAGGCGUUUGGACUUCUUGUGUUUUUCAUCUGCACAGGUCUACUUAUAGCAUAUGGAGUAUAUAAAUGUCCAUUUAAUGGAAAUCAACCAACAAACCAGGCUAGAGGUGGGACUAAUACUGGUAAUGCUGUAGAACUAACACCAAUCAGCCAACACACUCACACUUAAACCAACACCUCCAUGAACACUGAUUCAACAGUCUCUUACUGUAGUUGCUGUGAUAUUUAGAUAUUUGUUGCUUUGCUAAAUAUCUAAACUUUAGCAGUAACCCAGCAUAUGAAGACAAAUGAAUUGAUUAAUUAAUUUCCUAAUCUUCUUUUACCUAAUAGGAUCCUGUAGUGACAGAGAGCAAGAUUUUUACUGUAUUCUGAUGCCUUAAUGAUGAUUUUUUUUAAUUUGCUUUGAACCACAGAUUUUAUUUGGAAGGUUUGUUAAUAGGCUUAUUCAGGAUUCAUGUUAUCAUUUAUUAAAAUCACAGGUUUUACAUUUAGAUAGAAUAAUACAUACUGUAUAUAUACAUAUAUAUAUAUAUAUUUUGAUAAUAUUAAACAUAAUAUUACAUUUCUAUCAUCUCCACUAUUUUAAUACAUAUAAAAAUAUAAAACAGAAAUAAACAAACAAAUAUUGAGAGGUGGGGGUUAAAUUGCGGGAGCAAGGUGUUCAAUAUGCAUGGACAUGCAAAUCUAUUCAUACAUUUGCACCCAGACUUUGGGUUCAGCACUUUCAUCCAAGUUUCUUGCAACAGAAGGUUAUCUAAUAAAGUGGCCAGUAAGUGCAGCAAGCUUAUGUUUCAAUGAUGUACCAGAUAUAAUAAAGCCCAUUUACAGUGA